AUCCAACCAGGGUUAUGGUGUCACCUUUCAGCAUGGAUGUCACUGUUGGAGAAAGCAUUGUCUUGCCUUGUCAGGUAUCUCAUGAUCACUCACUAGAUAUCAUGUUUACCUGGUCAUUUAAUGGACACCUGAUUGACUUUGAAAAAGAUGGGGAUCAUUUUGAAAGAGUUGGAGGGGAUUCAGCUGGUGAUUUGAUGAUCAGAAGCAUCCAGCUGAAGCAUGCUGGAAAAUACGUCUGCAUGGUGCAAACAAGUGUGGACAAGCUAUCGGCUGCUGCAGACCUGAUUGUAAGAGGUCCCCCAGGUCCACCAGAAGCUGUGACAAUAGAUGAAGUCACUGAUACCACUGCUCAGCUGUCCUGGAGGCCAGGAGCAGACAACCACAGCCCUAUUACAAUGUAUGUUGUGCAAGCAAGGACCCCCUUCUCAGUGGGAUGGCAAGCAGUGAGCACAGUUCCAGAGAUCAUCGAUGGCAGGACAUUCACAGCGACAGUGGUGGGCCUGAACCCUUGGGUUGAGUAUGAAUUUCGAGUAGUAGCUGCCAACCUGAUUGGGAUUGGAGAGCCCAGCAGACCUUCAGAGAAGAGAAGAACUGAAGAAGCUCUUCCUGAAGUGACCCCAGCUAAUGUCAGUGGCGGUGGAGGGAGCAAGUCUGAGCUGGUCAUUACUUGGGAGACAGUGCCUGAGGAGCUGCAGAACGGAGGCGGCUUCGGGUACGUGGUGGCCUUCCGCCCCUUCGGCACUAUCAGCUGGAUGCAGACAGUCGUGGCCUCCCCAGAUGCUGCCAGAUAUGUCUUCCGCAACGAGACCUUGCCGCCCUUCUCCCCCUACGAAGUUAAAGUGGGGGUCUACAACAACAAGGGGGAAGGGUCGUUCAGCCCCGUGACCGUCGUCUAUUCAGCAGAAGAAGAGCCAGCGAGACCCCCAACCACUGUCUUGGCCAGAAGUCUUUCUGCCUCAGAUGUUGAAGUUUCUUGGGCUCCCCCUUGGGAGAACCAGCACAAAGGAAGAAUACAGGGAUAUGAGGUCAGAUGUUGGAGACACGAUGAAAAGGAAGAGAACGCAAAAAGGAUUCGGACGGUUGGCAAUCAAACGUCUACAAAAGUCAGCAACCUGAGAGGCAAUGCGCUGUAUCACUUGGCAGUCAGGGCAUACAACACAGCUGGGACCGGCCCCUCCAGUGCCACAGUCAAUGUCACAACCAAAAAGCCACCACCAAGUCAGCCACCUGGAAACAUCAUAUGGAAUUCAUCUGACUCCAAGAUCAUACUGAACUGGGACCAAGUGAAAGCGCUGGACAACGAGUCAGAAGUGAGAGGCUACAAAGUUUUGUACAGGUGGAACAGGCAGAGCAGCACAUCUGUAAUAGAAACGAAUAAAACCUCUGUGGAGCUCUCGCUGCCGUUUGACGAGGACUACAUCAUAGAGAUAAAGCCGUUCAGCGAUGGGGGAGACGGCAGCAGCAGUGAACAAAUCCGAAUUCCAAAGAUAUCAAAUGCAUACGCGAGAGGAUCCGGCUCAUCCACCUCCAAUGCCUGCACACUGUCAGCCAUCAGCACGAUAAUGAUAUCGCUCACAGCUCGGUCCAGUUUAUGACAAAAAUUACAUAAAGGACUUCUCGUUUAUAAUAUAAGCAACAUUUAGCUAGUUGUUUUGAAGACACCCAGUACUAAGUAAUAUUGUGGUUUGAGUACAUCUUACUACUGGAAAAA